AUGCCACUCUUCGCCCUCCCUCUCGCACCCUCCUCCACAACCCAACAUGCUGAAUCCAAGACCACUCGAGUGAAAUUCUCGAAUCUGCCACUCAGGAAACGCAAACGUCCACAAGCGACCGAGGAAUCGAGCGGAGAUGAGAAUUCCUCCCUGGAUGGCGAUGCAGCAGGCCCAGCAGCUACCAAUCCUCUUAGUCUUACGCCGGUAGAAAUUGCGCAGUAUCAAUUAGCUGGGUUGGAGUUGGAUGAGGAGCUGCCAGAUGUGAAGGACUUUCCUCAUAGGCCAGUGCCGCAGAGUUUUGAGUCGCGGCACAAGAAGGGAAGAAGGCGGGAAAGAAGUAAUGCGAGGAAUACGGAUAUUGACGAAGAGCAGAUAAUAGCGGAAGAGGAGCAGGAGGAAGGGAAGGUAGAGAGAAUAAGUCGCGGGCCGUGGCUGCGAAAUCAACAUCUCAGUGUCCUGGUUACGAUUCUGCAUAAGUGUUUAGGAGAAGGGGAUAUACAGCGGGCGAGUCGGGCUUGGGCGCUGCUGUUGAGGACGCAAAUUUCAGGAAGAGGGGUCGAUAUUAGGUCGAAUGGGUACUGGGAGGUUGGCGCGGCGUUGUUAAUGAGAAGCCGGGAUCAGAAGAAGAAGUACUCGUACGAUGAUGAGGAGAGGGACGAGGAAGACGAGCAUGUGGAAGAGGAUAUGGGAGUGGAGAGGAGAUGGGGAAGUAAGGAGGGAUUAGAGCUGGUAAAGAGCUACUACGAGCGACUGAUCUUGGAGUUCCCUUACAACAGGCAGUUUCAACGAAGUGUAAGCGCUUUGGACUUUUGGCCUGCGAUGGUAGGAUGCGAAAUCUAUGGCGUGCAGAUUGAGCAAAAAGAGGGGUUACGGAGAGUGGAGAUUCAAGAAGAGAGAGACAACGAAAAUGAUGGAAGUGGCGAGGAGAGCUUAGACAGCGACGAGAUUGAGGAAGAACACCCCGAGGAAGAUAACUUCACAUUCAACCAGAGAAGAAAGGAAAACUUGAGUCGAAUACGAGCUGAAAGGCGAUGGGAAGAGAGGGAAAACGUCCGCCAAAUUGCGUUGGCCGCUUCGGAAAAGAUCGCUGCAAAAUUAGACGACAUUAUGACUACUCCUCCGUAUUCAGACAGUCAUAAUAUGCUUCGGUUACGAGGUAUGUUGGCACUCUACAUUGGUGAUAUCAGUAUACCAGCUUUGCCACUUCAACAAGACGAAGGCAAGGACAGUGAAAUAUCGACGCGGAGAAGUCAAAGGCUGGGAGAGUUGGACAAAAAUACGGAGCGCAGAUUUCUGUACAGACAACGGGUUGCAGAGCAUGAGCGAGGACAGAAGAUCCAAGAAGCUGAGCGGGAACGGGCUGCCAAACUAUUUGACAGAAUAAUCAGAGAUGGAGGGGAAGAUGAGGAUAUCAGAGACUCUUCUCCUGUAAAGAAUAGGUCCGAGGAAGAAGAGAUCAAUGAUGAAGAACAAGGCGUAUGA